AUGAACCACGGCGUGCUCGGCGAGUCGUUCGAGACGUCCGUUCCAUGGGACAAGGUUCUCAGUCUCUGCAGAAACGUGAAGGAACUGAUGAGACGAGAGGCGAAGGCGCAGGGAGUGAAACACCCCGUCUUGGCAAGUUGCCGUGUCACUCAGGUGUACGAUGCCGGCGCGUGCGUCUACUUUUAUUUUGGUUUCAAUGCAAGAGGACUGCCAAACGGUCUUCAGGUUUAUGAUCGUAUUGAGACCGCCGCCCGUGACGAGAUCAUCGCUUGCGGCGGAAGCAUUUCCCACCAUCAUGGAGUCGGAAAAAUCAGAAAACAAUGGAUGUUGACAACUAACGGAGCCGUCGGAAUCGCCUUGUUGAAAGCGAUCAAGAGUGAACUCGACCCGGCGAACAUCUUUGCCAACGCUAAUUUGAUUGAUAUUAUCGGAUCGCCUCAUUGCAAAUUGUAA